AUGGAGAUCAAUUUAGUUUCAUUUUUCCUCUUCUUCUCCAUUUUUAUUAUAGUUAGGAAAUGGAGAAGCCAAAAACAAAAGUUGCCUCCAGGUCCGUGGAGACUCCCACUCAUUGGGAGUUUACAUCACGUGAUUAAUGGAGCAAAUCCGCACCGCAUUUUUAGAGAUCUAUCUCGAAAUUAUGGCCCUGUCAUGUACUUGGAACUCGGGGAAGUUCCUACGGUGAUCAUAACAUCACCUUCUAGGUCGAAAGAAGUUUUAAAAACUCACAAUCUUGCAUUUGCUAGCAGGCCACAAUUCACUUCCACAGAUAUUGUCAUGUAUAAUAAUAAAGGCAUUGCUUUCGCGGAAUAUGGUGACUACUGGAAACAAAUGCGCAAAAUUUGCAUAAUGGAACUCCUAAGUGCCAAGAUGGUCAAGUCAAAUAGCUCAAUUUGA